CACAUAAACUUUCAUGUUUACAAAUUUGAUGGUUUAGUGUGUGGAGUGUUUAACUCGCGAAAUACAUUUUUGGAACUAUUAAAAACAAUAGGGAACUUAAAGGAUCUGGGACAUCAAUCAGAUUUAAUGUUGUCUCGUUUAUUGACAAGAUAGACAAGUAUAACGUUAGCUAAGUUAUAAACAAGAACUAUAUUUAGACAUCCGGCGUAUGUAAUAUUAUAGUGGAAAUAAGGCACCCAGAUGUAUAACCUCGUGAUUCCUGAGGACUCCUCCAACGUUGGCAGCGACUCCGAUGACCAUGACCUCACAUCCAAAAUUCAAGCCGGGCCCGCUAUGGCAGCCCACCCGGACGCUUUCUCGACUCUGGAGGACGUGACGAAGGCAAUAAAGGAAGCGGGCGUUACGAAUUGCGGUCUUAUAUUUGGUAUCGACUAUACCCUCAGCAAUCGUCUAAGGGGUGAGAAGACGUUCGGCGGUCGUAGUCUCCACGACCUCGAGGGGCCGGGGUUCAACCCCUACCAGGAGGUCAUCUGCAUCUUGGGUGAGACUAUCGAAUCCUUAGACGAUGACGGCAUCAUCCCCUGUUACGGGUUCGGAGACAAGGUCGUGAAGGGCAAUUGCGUCUUUCCGCUGAAAAAAGUGGGAGAGUGCGACGGUUUUUCGGAGGUUCUCGAUGUCUAUAAUGCCGUUACACCGCAAAUCAAGCUCGGCGGCCCUACCAACUUUGCUCCGCUCAUAUACGAGGCAAUAGAAAUCGUAAAGCGCACGAGACAGUUCCACGUACUGGUCAUCGUGGCGGACGGUCAGGUGACGAGCGAAGCGGAAACAAUAGCCUCCAUCGUCGACGCUUCCGGCUACCCGCUCUCAAUUAUCGUUGUCGGCGUCGGCGACGGGCCCUGGGACGUCAUGCAUGAUUUCGACGAUAAGCUUCCAGCGCGCCUGUUCGACAACUUCCACUUCGUAGAAUUCCACGCGGUGAAGUCGAGCGCGCGGAACCAGCAAGCAGCGGUGGCGCUGGCAGCUCUAAUGGAGAUACCCAAGCAGUAUAAAGACAUCAAGUCUUUGGGACUGCUGGAGAAAUUGCAAGUGUGAUUUUCUCCUAUGCCAGUGUAACGUGAGGCCAAUUUAACGUAACGCUUUACUCGGUGAUCGCUUUCAAACAUCGCCACUAAGAGGGGACAAUGGUGACAACGACAUUACUAGCUACAGUUAAAUAUUGGUGCAGCUCGAGGCGCACAAGAGCAUUUACGAUGUAAAUACUCAUUUGUAUUAAAUAGUUACGUAUAGUUAAAAAGAAAGUAUAUACUUGUUGUGUUCAGUAGACCGUCUGUCCCCAGAUUGCUUUCACCGACUGUUUACCGGUGAUCUGUGCACUUCAUAAGUUUUGUUAAAGAUAUUUGCCAAGUUCAUCCAUUACUAUUCAUAAUAUUACUGCCAUAAACGUUUACUGCAUUUACAUAUUUUGUAAUAUCACUUGGUUUUACACUAGAACUUGUAUAGUUUACGCGGAAUAAAAGUAUGUUCUGUU